GAGGGUUCACUUCGGAGAUCGCGUCGUCCAGAUUGGGAAGUUCCGCCUUGGUGAUGUGGAUGGGAAGCAUUUCAGCAUCUCCCAUUCAAACGGAAAGACCCUGGUGAUCUAUCGAUCCGACAGCGCCAAUGAUCCACAUCCCGUGCAUGAGGGGGCUCGCUGGGAUUGGGGCCUGUGGGGGAAGACAUGGCCGUCCCGGAAUCCCGAGAUGUCACCCAUGGGAGUCAGCUUUGGUGACCGCUUCAUCCAGAUUGGUAACUUCCGCCUCGGGGACGUAGAUGGCAAGCACUUCUCCGUGGCACACGCUGGGACCGGCAAGACCCUCAUGGUCUUCCAGAGCGACGGUAACCACGGACAUCACCAUUGCCCUGCCGAUGAUUUCACGACCUUGGGCCGAUCGAUGGAGCAGUGCCAGGAGAUGGAGCCGUGA